UCUACACGUCGCAUUACAUGAUCCAACGCGAUCCCGAUUCCUGUCUUAUUACCUCCUUAGUUAGAAUAAACCAACCCACCCUUUGUUCAUCCUGAGAGCACUCCAAAGCCGCAAACAUGGCCAUCUGCAUCACCUUCGGAACACAUGAGUUCACUUCCAUGCUGGAAGGAUACGAGAAUGUCCGCGCAUUCUGCUAUAACUGCCAACAUUGGAAUGGUCAUUGUUUGACGAGAUGGCCGUGGUUCACCGUCUGCUUCAUUCCUGUCAUCCCUCUCGCAACACAUAAGUAUAAGGAAGUAACCUGCUACACAUGCCGCUUCACGCAGGAUUUACGCGACCGCCCUGAUAUCACCCCAGAGACGAGACCACCUCCGGGUGUCGUACCAGGCCAAUUACCACAGGCGUACUAUGGCGGCGGUGCACCUUUCUAUCCCCCGCAGCAGGCAUCAGGCCCACCUCCACAGGCGUCCGGGGGUGUGGUAGCGCCGCCGCAGCAGCAGGCAGAGCAGCAGAACCAUGUGUAUAAGUGAUGAUUAUUUCUGACUUCUGUUUUCGUUGAUGAUGUAUUAUGAUCGGUUGAUGGUCCGUUGUCUGUAUUUAUCGAAUACCUUUUGCUUGCUUGUUGCCCUUGUGCUUACUAGCUAUCGCGCAUGUAUUGUAUCAAAUCCGAUUCAAUCACUCU